GCCGACUUGGAGAGAACAAGAUGUUCACUUCAAAUGCCAAGAUUAUCAAGAGCGGCGGUGCUGAGCCGGACGCAUGCGAAGCCAAUGUCUCGCAAGCUCUUCUCGAAUUGGAGAUGAAUAGUGAUUUGAAGUCUCAACUUCGAGAACUUCAUAUCACCAAAGCCAGAGAAAUCGAGGCGAACAACAAGAAAUCGAUCAUCAUAUAUGUACCGAUGCCAAAACUCCAGGCUUUCCAUAAAAUCCAGACCCGUCUGGUGCGUGAAUUGGAAAAGAAAUUUUCCGGAAAGCACGUUAUGUUCGUUGGCGAUAGGAAAAUCUUACCCAAGCCCACGAGGAAAACCAGGACAAAGAACAAGCAAAAGAGACCAAGAAGCCGUACUCUCACAGCUGUGUACGAUGCUCUGCUUGAGGAUCUCGUCUAUCCCGUCGAAAUUGUGGGAAAGCGAAUUCGAGUGAAACUCGAUGGAUCCCAGCUCACAAAGGUGCAUCUUGAUAAAAAUGAGCAGACCAACAUUGAGCACAAGGUUGACACCUUUGCAUCUGUUUACAAAAAACUAACUGGACGUGAUGUUACAUUCGAAUUUCCUGAAUCGUAUGUAUAAACCAUGUUUCAGUAAGAAUAAAAAAUUUUUAUUUGUAAAAUA